AUGAGUUCACCGGUGAGAAGAGAAAACGAAGCAGAGAUAUCCGACUCAUCAUCUACUACAAGCAAGAAAAGAGUUGUUCAUAUUGAUCCAUUAGCCAUUACAGAAUCAUUAGGGUUUCGUAUAUUUAGAAAAGGAGGAAGAAAACCAUGGACUAAAGAAGAGGAUUCAAAACUAGUUGAAUUAGUACAAGCAGAUUAUAAACAUCCUAUUGAUUUAGAUCAAGUUGAUUGGGAUUCAAUAUCAGAGAAAAUAUCGCCCGAUGGGUCUAGAAAGGGUAAAGAUUGUCGUAAAAGAUGGACCAAUUCCCUUGAUCCUAGUCUUCGAAAAGGUAAAUGGACAAAAGAAGAAGAUGAAGCAUUAAUUGAAGCAUACAAGAAACAUGGAGCAAGUUGGUUAAAAGUAUCACUGGAAAUAUCAGGAAGAACAGAUGACCAAUGUGCCAAAAGAUAUAUGGAAGUUUUAGAUCCCAGUACAAAAAAUCGAUUGGAACCAUGGUCUAUGGAAGAAGAUCUACUAUUGAUUCAAUUGAUUAAAAAAUAUGGUACCAAAUGGAGAACAAUUUGUAAUUCUUUUGAUAGCAGACCAGCAUUAACGUGUCGUAAUAGAUGGAGGAAAUUAGUUACAGACGUUGUUCGAGGAAAAGCAGACCCGUUGAUUAAAAAAGAAGUUGAAAAAGUGACCAAUGCUACAGAGAGUGAUUCCUCAGAUGCAAAUAUAUUAGAAGUUUUAUCUAAGCAACAAGAAGAGUUGACGAAAAUGAAGAAAACUGCCGAGAUUAAGAAACCUCGACCUCCUAAAAGGACCAAUAGACCUGUUCAUGAGACUUCUACUUCAUCAAAGGCCCCAAUGCCAUCUUCAUCAUCAUCCACACCAUCUGAAACAGUUUCAAGAUCAAUUCCUAUGGUCACUGGACCAUCCAAGACAGAUAUAGAGUGGAGGUAUACACUAGCACCGGCGGAUGCGACUAACGAUGAUAGUAAUAUGUCCCCAGGAAUGCUUUUUGAAGGGGAAGCUGGCGGUGUUAUUAAAAAUGAACAAUUAGUAAAAUAUUUGGUAUCUUAUGCUAAAAUGAAAAACAUGAACGUUACGGUUCAUCAACAUAUUCAUCAUCAUUAUGCAGCUACAAGUGGUCAUAGAGAUUCAACGCUAGAAAGAAGUAGCAGUGUCAGUACACCUGCAGCAUAUAAUGUCGAACCAGAAGACCAACAGGCACGUUUCCAACAUUUUAAUUAUUUACCACCAUUGGUACAAGUUCCCAAAUUGAAUUCUUCUCAAUCAUCACCAAACAAUAGUUCACAAGGUGAUACGAACCAAUCUGGCUCAACUGCAACUCAAUUUCAUCAUCACCAUCACCACCACCAUCAUCAUCACACAGAAAAAUCAAAUAGAAGUCGUUCAGAGCGUAUGAAUAAGGACGUAUACAAGAAUGACAUUGCCAAUGAUUUUGAUGGAAGUAGGGAAUCUGAUAUUAUGAAGUUGUUGAAUAAUACUGAAGAUUUCUCAAAACAAAGAGAAGCUACACCAGGAUCAAAUCCUUUGACACCAUUGACCCAAGCAGUCGAAUAUGUUGAAGCAGAGAAUAAACAGAAUCAUAAAAGAAGAAAGCUUGAUAAUGGUACAACGUCGCACAGAAACAAUAGUCACCAACUACUGAGCCAUAAUGAACAUCCUAAGUUUGAUUUACCUAGUGAAGAUGAAGAAGGGUUGGACUUUUGGGAGACUAUGAGAAAUUUGACUGAUAUUCCUUAUGGUAAUCCGAAAACUCCUAAUAAAGUCAACAAUAUAUCAGAGAAUGUACCAGUUGCCAAGAAUAGUAACGACAAGAUGACCACAUCUAACAAUUACUCACAAAAGCCAGUUUCACAACAUCACCCACUUCAUUAUUACAAUAGUAGUACACGAGAAAACACCCCACAUCCAAUGACGAACCUCACAGGUGACGACGAAGAAGAUGAAGUAGAAGAAGAUGAUGACGAACAAGAAGAAGGAUUAGAUGAUGAGGAUAAAGUUUUAGCACGUGAAGUAGAAGAAGUUGGAGUAGAUCAGGAGACUUUGAAUAGUUAUGGUUUAUUCUAUAAUGUUUAUACAAGAGAAGGUUCUACAUUUCCUGAUAUCCAACAUCAAACUCAAGCCAAACCAGAGGAACAAGGUGCAAGUGUGUAUGAUCAAUGGGGUGGAGGAUUUGGUAUUAUUCCCUUCAACCCGUCAUAG